UCAGUUAAAGGUUUAAUUUCUCAAUGUGAGGAUGUAAUUGAUUUUUCAAAGCCCUUGUUCACACUGCCAGAGAUAAAAUUCUAGUAAGGAAAUAUUGAAAUAUUUUUCUGGCUGAAAAGUGGCCAAGUAUGAAUAUAUUGAGUCUAAAUAUACUGCAAUCAGGCCAUAAAGUGUCCACCAUGUGUAAGUUGUUAAUUGUGGAGUGUAAACUUCCCUUGGGUUGCCAAACGCCUCCUUUUGGUUAUUGUUUUAAUUCUAUACAUUUCACUGUAUUAAGAACAUAGUGUCUGAUGAAAAACAACUACAGCAUGGAGCCUUAUGUGAAGCAGAAUUUAUCCCAAAGUUACACAGUUAUGUUCAGAUACAUUAUCAUUAGCUACAGAAACAGGCAGGUUUACUGGUCUCUCUCUGAGAUUUAGAGGAAACUGACGACUCUUUUUUCUGGAUGAAUGAUUAUAAGAAACUUGAGUGAGUGUUUAAGGAAGGGAACUUUUUGUGUGGCUGAUUAAUAGAGCUCGGUGGCACAAAAGACAAAAAUUCUUUGUUUGCAAUGUAGUGUUUGAUUAAUGUGUCAACACUGCACCACCUGCCCAGAGCCAAACAUAGAAGAAGUAAUGACUAACUUUAGCUGUAGGUCUGCUGAAUGUGUAGAACUUUAGUAGGAGGGAUUUUUGUUUUUUCAUUUGUUUGUUUGUUUUGCUAAUAGGACGUUUUUACAGCAGACACACUUGCCAUGGUAAGGUAAGGUAAGGUGAUUUUUUUUUUUUCAGUUCACCUGUCCCCUGACGGCCAAAACACGUUUCUGCACACAAAAAAGGAACCUAGAUGAGACAAAAAAGGGAGAAACCCCUGAGCAAAUAUCAAGGGAGUGGCAGUGAUAGAGUUACAUCUUGUGUAUUUCCACAUCAUCAUAUUUAAAUUACAUGAGGGGCGUUGUCCCUUUCUUGUUUCUUGGCCAAAUGAAAAUGAUAUAUUCUAUUAUACACUUGCCACUAGCAAGUAUUUGUAUAAAAGUAAAUCACUUGCUGGUCAGAAUUCAUACAGAUUGUAGUGAUUUGGUUUGAACUUCACAUAUUUCAAUAGGUCUAAAAAUAAGACUUAACACAAUGUACUAGAAAGCUUUAAUGCUUCAAUACAUUUAUUUAUACAUUUUAGUUUCUUUAUUAAAGAUAUAUACAUAUACACAUAACAAGUUUUUGUUGUGUAUACCUUGCAUUGUAUUUAUAUGCAAAAUAUGCCUCAAUAAACAAAACUUUAUUUCAGAUAUAUCCGCCCAUAUCCAUAUCCACUCAAGCCAAACCCACAGUUUUCUAUGAGCCAUACACAAGUCCAUCACUCUGUGAAAUGGUGACGUCUCUUUCACUUCCUUUCUCUGUUAUUUCUGGACCUCUGCGUUUGUGUGCAGAACAAUAAACUUCAUGAUGCUGUGCUGGUAAGAGGAAAUGCUCGGCCACAACGGUGUAACUGGGCAGGGAGAAGAAAUGAUGUUUUUCACCUGCUAUAGAGCAGAGUAGAUCUGUACCUUACAGUGAGAAUCAAUAUGGAGUUAAAUCCUAGUAGCUCUUUCGUCGGGACUCAACUGUCAAUCUGACAGAAGCGAUACUACCUUCACUUAUGGCCAAUCUGGAGAGAAACAACAAAAUCCUGCUCGAUUUGGUGCGACAGCCAGGUAACAACAUGUGUGCUGACUGUGGAGCUCCUGACCCUGACUGGGCCUCCUACACUCUCGGUAUCUUUGUGUGUCUGAACUGCUCAGGGAUGCAUCGUAAUUUGCCUGCUGUCAGCAGAGUGAAAUCCAUACGUCUGGAUCACUGGGAAGAUUCACUAGUAGAGUUCAUGCGAGAGAAGGGAAAUUCUGCAGCCAAAGCUCUUUACGAAAAGUGUGUCCCUGCCUUCUUCUACAGACCGCAACAAAAAGACUGUGUGGUUCUUAAGGAUCAAUGGAUACGUGCAAAGUAUGAGAGAAGAGAAUUCACAGGAGAAAACAACGACAUCCAGCAAACUUAUAGCUCAGACGUGUUUGAGUCAACACUAUGGAAGAAAGGAAAAGACAAUAAGCAGUUUCUUAAGAGGAUCUUCCUGCUGUCCCGGAAAGACUUUACCCUCAGAUACUUCAUGAAAGAGGAUUCUAAGGUUGCCAAAGAUGUCAUCAGCAUGAAGGACCUGAAUGCAGUUUUCCAGCCAGAGAUAAUUGGUAACGCUCAUGGUCUGCAGAUCUCCUAUGUGCAAGACGAACGUACCAGGAAUCUGUUUGUUUACCAUGAGAACGGACAGGAAAUUGUAUCCUGGUUCAACGCUAUUCGGGCAAUACGCUUGGCGUACCUCCAGAGGACAAACCCCACUCGUCAAGAAAAUGAUUUAAUACCUCAUAUAACAAGAAACUGCCUGAGGGAGGGGUACAUGGAGAAGACCGGCCCAACGCAACGGGAGCCAUUCAAGAAGAGGUGGUUCACAUUGUGCUUAAUGAACAGAACGCUUCUAUAUUUUAAGUCCCCACUGGAUGCUACAGAGUUGGGAGCCGUCUUCAUCGGCACAGAGAGCCACAGCUACUCUGUUUCAGGGAACAGCGGCCGGAGCACAAGAGGAGGCCGGUGGCACUGGGGCAUCACGCUGCAGACUCCAGGGAGGCAGUUUGUGUUCAUGUGUGAGCAGGAACAGGAGCAGACGGAGUGGCUGGAGGCCUUCAGAAAGGUCAUCUCUCAACCCAUGACCCCAGAGGACUACGCUAGAGAAGCCGACUUCAGAAGGGGGAAAUGAGUGGAACCUGGUUUGCAAAAGUCCAGGAUGCAUUAAAAGAGAAAGUAUUCUUUUGGGACAUUAACAGACUGAAAUCUUUCCUUCCAAAAGAUUCUACUGAAAACCUGUCAGUGAAAAAACUGGAGACAAACUCUCUUUUACUGGCUUGACUGCUUGACAUCACUGACAAAUAAUCAAAUCUAACACUUUGCAGAGGCUAUACUAACUGUAUGAAUUCACACAUUGUAUUUAUUUAUAAGAUGACUGUAAUUAUUUUGCAAAUAAUUUUCAAGUUUUGUAGUGAUUUAGUUUUUUUUUUUUCUUUUUAAGUCAUUUUGCACAUAUUGAAAAUAUUAAGUUUGUCUUUAUAUUCACACACUUGCAUUUUAGCUGUCUGUAUAGUUCUGGUGAACUGAAAGAACUUUAUUUUAAAUAAAUUUACACAGUUUCACAGUUGAUUUGUGCUUUCAAUAUUUUACCAUUUUAUGAUUAAAUG